UUUCUUUCCCGUCUCAGGAUCCCAGACAUGACCAGGAAGCUCUUCACAAACACCAGGGAGCGGUGGAGGCAGCAGAAUGUCAACAGUGCAUUUGCCAAACUGAGGAAGCUUAUCCCCACUCACCCUCCAGACAAAAAGCUGAGCAAAAAUGAAACGCUUCGACUGGCCAUGAGGUAUAUCAACUUCUUGGUCAAGGUCUUGGGGGACCAAGGCCUGCAGCAAACAGGAGUGGCUGCUCAGGGAAACCUUCUCGGACUCUUCCCUCAAGGGUCUCACCUGCCAGGCCUGGAGGACACGACUCUACUUGCUCACUGCCAGGUCCCUUGCCCUGGCCCAAGCCACCAGAUUCCAUAGUGUGGCUCAGGCUGU